AGCCCAGUGUUCCGCUGCGUCGGAAUCAGAGGGGACGCAAAUCCAGCCAAAGAAAUCUUCUCACGGGAUAAAAGUUCAUGCUGGAGUUUCCACGGACCCCACAGUCCCACAUGAAGUCCAAGCUGAACAUGGAGAGUUUGACCAAGUCAGAGUUGCUGAUGCUUUUCAGCAUCCUGGAGGGAGAGCUGGAGGCCCGGGACCUGGUCAUUGAUGCCCUAAAGGCCCAACACAAAGAGCUGUUUAUCCAGGAGCGCUACGGCAGGUACAACCUCAGCGACCCCUUCCUGGCAUUGCAGAGAGACAACGAUAUUGUUGGAGGUCAGAACAAGGACCCGGGCUGUCUGCCCCCCGUCUCCAACCCACUGGUCAUUCUCAAGCUGGUGGUGAGCCACUGCAGGAGGAUGCAGGAGAAGAUGUUGGCCCAGCUGGCUGCAGCUGAGAGCCGGCACAGAAGGGUCAUUGCAGAUCUGGAGGAGGAGAAGAGGAGACAUGCCGAGGACACGGCCGAGGGAGACGAUGUCACUUACAUUCUGGAGAAGGAGAGGGAGCGCUUACAACAACAGUUGGAGUUUGAGCGCAGCCAGGUCCGGCGGUUGGAAAAAGAACAGCGGCGAAUUACUGAGCAGCUCGAAGAAGAACGGGCUCAGCACAAACAGCUGUCCUGUGCUCUGGCCAAAGAGUGCAAGUGGGCAAGUGCCAGAGCUCUAGAGGAAGGACAUCGAGUGACUGAGCUGAGUCGUAAACUUGACAAGGAGAAGGAGGCUUGUCAGGCCCUGAAGAGGGAGCUGGAGGAUGAGAGGAAGAGAGCACUGAGGAUGGAGGCGAGAGUGGAGGAGCAGCUAGCCGAGUUUGACACAGAGCGAGAGCAAUUCCGCUCACGUCUGAAGAAGGAGGAAGCGCAUUGUUAUCAGCUACAACAGCAGGCUGAAGAGCUGAGGAGGAAACUGCAGGAGGUGAACAUCAUGGGAGAUACAGCUCCAGCAGAGGUGGCAGUAAAGGAGUGGGCCGUUAAAGUGAGUCCAGGAAAGACAUUAAUAGAUAAUAUAAAGGUUGUUGAUAUAGAGGAAGAUGGACAAGAUCAACCAACAGUCAACGGUCACCACUGUCAGACGGAGACCAUUGGCCGCCAUAGUCCAAACAACGCCCACUCAGAGAAGACUUGCCAACUGAAUGGGAUCGAAAACCCUCAAGUUAAUGAGACCCAGAUGUCGGUCUCCUCGUGCAACACUGCCCACUAUAAUUUCCCGUCUUCCUCCCCCUGCUCCUCACCUGUCCUUGCCAAAAGUCCGCCAGUAAACCAAAGUCCUGGGGGCUACCAGUCUCCAUACCAGGUCGGGAUCAACCAGCGCUUCCACGCUGCUCGUCAUAAGUUCCAGGGUACGACUGAGCCAGAACCACAGUCCCAGGCCACACAGCCUGCUCCUCCUCAAUCUCCAACAGAACUCUCCCCUGUGACCAGUGCCUCCUCUCCAGAAGCCAGUCCAGCCAAGCAGAUGGCCCGGAGCACCGUUACUCAGGUCCUGUCUCGCUUCACUAACGUCCAGCAGAGCGCCACACCGAAGCUCGUGGCGCCAAACAAUUCGCCCUUCGGUACAGACUACCGCAGUCUGGCGGCGCCUUUGUCUCCCGUCGUCGGAAGAGCGGCAGUGGCACUUCAGCCGGGAAUCAGGUCUCCCAUCAUUCCCAGGGCUGACAGGGGAAAUCCUCCUCCCAUCCCGCCGAAGAAGCCCGGUCUGGCACAGGCUCCUCCCUCCCCGGCUGCGGUGCCCAGGUCUGCGAGCCAUUUCUCCGACAGCCCCCUCUCAGGCAGCUGUGGCCUCACCUCCAGUCAGGAGGGAGUCAAAGAACUGGACAUGGUGGUUUCGUCUAACUAGUCGCUCAGCUGCUGCUCUGCUUGUGAAUCAAAUUCACGUCUCAUAAUCAAGACUGAGGUAUUGUCUUAUAGGAUUUAUAUCUUGUGCUUAUUUGAACAGAGGUCCUCGUAAAUACUGUGACACUGUGUUCUGUAUUUAUUACAUUAUGUGUUAAGGCAAUAUUUUAGGUAUUGAUUAUAGGACCGGUACUAACGAGCAGCUGCAACUGAAGGUUCAUCAGCGUGCCAACAUCCUGUAUGCUGCAUCCUGCUUAGCUCAGAUUUACAAGUCUUUAUUUUUCACCGUAUGUAUGCAAAUAUUAUAAUUAAAAAAAACAGUAGUUGUAAAUGAUCCUUGGACCAAUGUGUGUCACAUUUCAUUGUACAGUUAUAUGUAAGUUUAUUUUAUAGUUUAUUUUAUUACUGCUCUAGUUUAAUAUGACUUUAAAUCUAAUCAGUGUUCCUGUCCACAUUCUUCAAUAUUAUGUCCAUGUUAAUUAUGAUGUUGAUCAUAUAGACUCAUAUUAUCGACAGUGGUUGAUAGUAUGUGUUUGAAAUCCUUGCGGUUGAUGACGUACAAUGUCAAAGUAGAAGAGUGAGACAGGAAAUUGCUGAAUUUCAAUGAAUGUCUUCAACACGAGUUAAGUUCUGCUCAUUUUAAGGCAAAACACAACAACUUAAUUACACAUCACGCAGAGUUGUGUUUCUUUAUCAGACUCAAGAGUGCAGGUAUUGACUAAACCGGAUGUUAUCGUCGUGUAUGUUUCAGAUGAGUGUGACGAGCUUGAUCGUGCCGUUUCUAAGAAACCUUACAAAACACGGCAAACAUCAUAUUUGUAGUCUCUUAUCAGAUCCAAUUUAGUACUGUAUAUGCUCGACAGUGACAUAUUUAAUAAAUUGAUCUCAGAAACAGUCAUAUAUCCUUUGAGUUUUAGGAAGGAUUUGUGCAAUACAUGUAUAUAUAAUACAAUAUUGUUGUGUAAUAUCAUAUCGAGACAACCAUUGGUAAAUACUGACGCCACCCAAUAAAGUCGCAUUGAAUCAA